AUGGGAGCUGCUGGCCCUGGUGCUGUGAGGUUCGUCGCCAUCGAGCCCCGCUGCUGCUGCGGUCGCCUUGGGAGGAGCUCGUGCGCACGCUCCCGCUUUGCCUUCACGCUGACCACGUGGACACUGACCCUGACGAUGGACGAGCCAAUGGCGUGGGCAAAGGACGGCGUGCUCGACUGCGAGGAGCCCUGGGCGACGCCGGGAUAUGAGGGCCUGCCGCGCGUGCACCUGCAGUCCCCCGUCGUGAGCAUAGACAACCCCGACGUCGUCUUCUGCAAGGUUGUCACCGGCCGCCGCGCGGACCAAAAUGCAUGGAUGAUCCAGGUUGACGUGAGGAGGCAGGCGCAGCUGGCAGCCGUGCAGUGGACCUCCACCGACCCAUGGAGAAGACACCUUCAUUUACCGGCAAAAAUUUAG